CAAACAAAAGACAGCGUGCGCGGUGGAGAUCGCUUCAAAGCUUGCUGUGAGUUCGAUUCGUAAGGAUCAAUUCAAAGUGUGGAAGUGAUCAUAGCUCUAGUCUGUUCGGUGCCUAUCAUCUCAACUCUUCUCUAUAUAGAUUCUAAUAGACGAAACACAGUCCUAAAAUGGCCUACCGGUACGCUUGCGUGUUCUUGACCGUCGCACUAUGCGCCACACCAGCCCUGUCGUUCUCGGCCGGUGCUCCUAACACCGCCUGUGGAGACAUGAUUCCUCAGCAUCACACCGAUCCCCAGAAAUCCGCGGCCCCUUACAAGAUCCUGCUGGACAAGAAGCAAAUUAAAUCCGGCGAAGGCGUGACCAUCACCGUGCAAGGCAACACCCCGAAGGACACCAUCAAGGGGCUGCUCUGCCAGGCUCGUGUUGGAGAGACCGCAGUCGGUUCGUUCGAUGUACCGCCUAAUAACAACUACAUUCAAUCCCUGGACUGUGGUAACUCUAAGAAGUCGGCCGUCACCCACAAAAAGAUUACUACCGCACCGAACAGCAUUUCCUUCAACUGGGUGGCCCCACGCGGUCUUAGCGAAAACGUCAAGAUGACCUGCACCAUCGCCUUGAACGGUGGUGUCUUCUGGGUUAAGGAGCAGGCCGCUGAACUCAAGGUCAACUAAGUAGCGUAAUAAGCAAUGACCAAAAAACGAUUGUACUUGAUUUUUUUUAUUAUUAUUAAGUAAUGAUCAGACAAAAAUUCUGGCUAGGACAGACUGUGACGUUCACUUCCAACCAGCAUAAUGUUAAGUGCUUUUCAGUGUUUGUUAUAAGACCCCUUUUGUGUUAUUGACAAUAAAUUUGUGUUCUGUGUA